UAAUAGUAAUAGGCAUUCUCUUUUGCCACUGCCAUUCCUUUCCACAUAUCUUGUUCUGCUUCCCAACGUUCUUGAGGUCUCUCGAGGCAUUCUCUUGAAUUCUCGCUCCUUUCAUGAAGCAUUCUUUUUGUCUUUCGUCACACUAUCGUUCAAGAUGGAGCACCCACGAGCUGUCCUUCCUUCUCAGAGAUACUCCCCAGCAUCAGACUAUGCGUACGAGACAGAUCACGAAGUAAUACCCAUAACGCGAACGCCGCUUGGUGAAUCUACGGGCAAUAUCCAACCACAUAAUCUUGCUGCUCUAGCGCUUUGUAAUCACUCCUUAUCACCACCUCUUCAUCCUAUACCAACACCACCUAUAGUCCCUACGCAGGCUUUGACCUCGAGUUACGGGACAAGCCUUCGAGGCGGACGUUCUUUACACCGAGAUGUAUCAUUACGAGAAUCACCAAUGGGUUAUCCGAGGGGUAGCAAGAACCCCAUCUACGCGUACAAACAUUUCGCCGAUUAUCGUAAUAAAGUAAUGCAAAAGGAGCUCGAAAAGGAACAACCAAUAUGGCCUUUAUGGUUAGAAGAUGCCUUUCUCGAUGCCCUUCUCUUAAUUCCCCAGAUGGGCCGGAAGAAAUUCAGCUCGAAGACUAUUCUAUAUGGGCGAAACAUGCUCAUCACAGAAUACCUAUGGAUCUACCAUUGGUUGCUACAUCCUCCCCAGAACGGUGAGGUUAUCCCGAACAGACAACAGAGGGAGAAAGGUCCGGAUGGCAAGCCUCAUCCUAUGUACCGAGGACGAAAACAGGUAUCGAGCCACAUUCAAGUUCUGAAGGGCUUCUUCGCCACGUUAGUCACUUUCCACUUCAUCUUCCCAAGCAAGAGGGAUGCCAAGGAAGAAGACAGAAAAUUAAUAAGGGAUGAUGAUGACACCGAAUCCUUCAAGAACAACAGGGUGUUAAUAUCCAUAGCCGACGGGCGUUUACCGGAUGAACGGCCCAAUUACGAAUAUUUCGCUCGCCUCUUAAGCGCCGAUAACGAUGUAUUUUUGCGUCCAAAACAAUGCUGGAUCUUCGUUUCGUCGUCCCAGGUUAGCCUCAAGGAGAAGCACGUCAAGAUGGACGACGGAACAACUAAAAAACAAGUCACGGGCUAUACAUCCAACGGCCAUUGGCUAGGAGAGUCUGACUACCCCCAUCUUAAGCUUAACGACGGCAAGGACUACAAAGACUUACCUCGAAACGGUGACCAACCAACUGUGCUUCUGCAUGAAUACACCAGAUCAAUUUCACAGAAAGAGUCCUCUUCCAUCAAGGACAUCUCCAACAGAUGGGACGUCCAAUUUCCAGAGCUAAAGGAGAAACUUCUCUCGGCGCUAGAUGACACGCACCCCUCAGACGAGCGAUCAUCUCGCUGCGUAGUCGGGCCCUGCGACACGUUCCAGUUCGAGGUGACACUGGAUCUGCAUGCGACAUCAAAGUUUCCCGACGGCUCGGAGCUCAAUGGCAUGGUCGAACUCUCGAUCAACCGCCCCGAGCUGCACAACCACAGCUGGCGGUCGGUGACCUCGGUCAUGAAGCCGGAUGAGCUGCACAUCUCCGGAUCGGAACCUGACUUCUGGGAUCGGAGCAAUCCAGUAGAGGUCAUUGUCUCGCACCGCGUGGGAUGCAACGGCGUCGGCAGAUGCGAUUGUGCAUCCCGCGGCAGCAGGGACACCAUUGGCGUCCCGUUCCCGGCUGCAAGCUGGGCUAACACAUUUAUUAAGCUAGCCCCUUACGUCACUGCGGAGCGGGAGCGAAGGGCGCGCGAACAAGAGUCACGCAAGGGGCAGCGGCCCUCCCGUGGUGACCGUGCGAUGAAGAAAGAGGAUGAUGCCACUAGUAAGGCGGGCGGCGCAAAAAUGCCAACGCCUAAGGAGCUCCUGUCUCAGGUCGCCAUGUACCAAGAAAUCUGGUCCGCACCCAAUGACGGCACCACAAGUUCCGCCACCACCAGCAACGAGGGCAGCAAGCGCGGAUGGACACGGCGUGCUGUUGUCCUAUGGACGUUUACCCCCGUGCAUGAACACACGGACGACAAGGGGAAGACGGUCACCGUGGCCGCAGGCACAAACUGGAAGUUCCUAACCAAAGUCGAUCCAACAUCCGAGUAUCAUCAGCAGCGCGCGUACCAGACCGGCGCCCCGUCUGUCUCUCGUGACAGCGUCAUGUCGCCCAAUCCCGGCUACCAGGCCCACGUUCACGCGGCCAUGCACGAGAAUCUGAGCGCGGUAUACGAUGCGCCGCUGCCAGUGCCUACUACAUUGCCGGGACACUCACGUCAGCACCAGAGCCAUAAUCAAAGUCAUGGGCAAGGGCACCACCAACAACAUGCACAUAUCCCGCCGGGCCUGGAUUUACUAGACGGGUUCGACAACGGGCUAGUCACGCCGCCACCCACGGCCUCACUGACGGGCGGCUAUCCACAUAGCUUUGACGGAAGCGGCAGCGCGGACUCUGCGCUGCAUCAUCACCUCAGCUUCAUAUCGGACGGGACGAGCGGGGCUGGAUCGACAGAGAUACCAGCCACCGCGAACCACAACCACAACACCGGCAACAGCAGCACAGAUCCGUUUCUCUCCGGCCUCGGGGUCCCCGUCUCGACGUACGAGGACCCGACGGGAACGGACUGGACGGCGGCCCACGGGACAGGAGGUCUAGGUCUCGACGUAGGAGUAGGCGGAAUGGGUGUAGGAAGUAGCACGGGUUGGAACCCCGCAUAUGGCGUGACCUGGGCCGACACCGCGGGUCUGACGAGCGCGACUACCAGCGCGGGCGCCGGAGAGCCGCUGUGGGCUACGGCGCCGAAUAGCGUCGUCGGCCAGGACUCGCGCGAUAAUAGCCUCAGCGGCGCAAGCACCGGGCACUGGAGCGAGGAUAAGUACACGCACCACCCGCACCAGCAAUCUUCUUCCGGGGUGCACCCGGACCCCUGGGCGUGGCAGGGCGGUGAGCACGCUGCUGCUUGGGACGUGGAUACGCAGGAUUUCUCGCUGAAUAUGGGGAAUGCUGGGAGUGGGAGUGGGAGUGGGACGGGGUUGACGCCGCUACGGUCCGCGUAUCAUCAUCAGCAGCAGCAUCACGGCGGCGGUGGCGCGGCGCAGCAGGUCGCGGGACGGAAGCGCUCGCGCGCCGAGAGCGCGGAUGCGGAGGAGGAUACGGUGUAUCCCGUUCCUUCUAUGCGGAAGCUGUCGCAUCCGCACCCGCAUGUGAGCGUGAGUCGGGGACAGGGACACGGACAGCAGAAUGCGCCGACGGCGGUUAUGGAUGAUGGGAGAGGGUUCUUGUGAUGAUCUCCCUGUCUCACUGCUGCUAUCUUCUUUUGCUAUCGCGAUUUUACCUAUCUACAUCGGAUCUACGGUCUACACAU